UCCUGCUCACUGCACUCCUCCCACUUUAAACACUAUGGACGACUUUCCCCAAAAAAACCCUCCAGCUAGAGACUCAACCCUCACAUUCCGCGAAGUUACCAAGGACAAUUAUAUAGACAUCGCGAGCCUAAGCUUACAAGACGGACAAACCGGCAACCUUGACCCUAACGUAUGGUCUCUCUUGGUAUCCCGAUUCGAAGAAGAGGCAUGGGUGCGAGCCAUCUACGCCGACGAGACGCCUGUCGGUAUGCUCAUGAUGGAAAUAUGGGAUCCUACCGAGUCGUACCACAUCUGGCGAUUCAUGAUCGAUAGCCGGUAUCAGCAUAUGGGAUAUGGACGACGAGGCGUAGAAUUCGCGAUUGCGUACAUACGACAGAAUCACCCUAAGGCAAAGCAGCUGAAACUCAGGUCAACACCGCGUGAAGGGAAGAAGAAUGAUUCGAAUCCGAACAAGACUGUGAAGCCUGAGAAUUCACCAUAUAGGUUUUAUGAGAGACUUGGAUUCAGGGAGAUUGGACCACCGGACGAUGAUGGAGAUGUUUUGAUGGGGAUGGACUUAUAGAUUCCUAGGUAGUUGAGUGAAAUCCGUAAUCCGACUCAACCUUGGCCAUGCUGUCUGUGAACCAAGUAACCUUUCGGAAAUUGCCACCUUAUAUAGGCGCGGCUGCUACGGAG